UACCAACAGGAAGUAAUGUAUCUAAAUGUUGUAACUUUAAUCUGAUGAUGAUGAUCUGUGUCUCAAAGUCCAGAGUGUUGGUGGCAGACAGACUGAAACCAGCGUGUGUGGACCAAGAUGGAGGAUCAAAAGAAGAUUUUGUGUGUGGGUCUGGUUUGUCUGGACAUCAUAAACGUGGUGGAUAAGUACCCAGAGGAGGACACUGACAGCAGGUGUCUGUCGCAGCGAUGGCAGCGUGGAGGAAACGCUUCCAACUCGUGCACGGUGCUGUCUCUGCUAGGAGCUCCAUGUGCCUUCAUGGGAUCGCUGGCUGCAGGUCCGGUGGCUGACUUUAUUUUGGAGGAUUUUCAGAAGUUCAGCAUCGACGUAUCUCUGGUGUCUGAGUAUGCUGAGUGCAUAUCUCCAGCCUCUGUGGUCAUCAGCAACAUCAGCACAGGAAGCAGAACCAUCCUGCAUAUGAACAGUUUCAUCAUGGCUGACUUCUUACAGCGAGCGAUUGAUGUGUCAGCAGUUGCUUGGCAGAUCAAAGGUCAAACUCCAUGUGCAUGUUGUGUGGUUUGUCCAUCCAAUGGAUCUCGAACCGUCCUCCUCUAUGAUACGGAUCUCCCUGAUGUAACGGCGGAGGAUUUUUCCAAAAUCAGUCUUGGUCAGUUCAAGUGGAUACACUGGGAGGCCCGGAACACCGGUGAGCAGCUGAAGAUGAUCCAGCAGGUUGAGAUGUUUAACAGUAAACUUCCUGAGCAUCAAAGGAUCACCAUCUCUGUAGAGAUUGAGAAGACCAGAGAGCCGCUAUAUGAGCUGUUCCCUCAUGGAGAUGUGGUCUUUGUCAGCAAAGAUGUUGCUCGUCACUUGGGUUUCAACUCGCCUGAAGCUGCCUUGAAAGGACUCUACAAUCGAGUUAAAAAGGGGGCUGUCCUGAUCUGUGCCUGGGCAGAAAAAGGAGCAGAUGCUGUGGGUCCUGAUGGUUUGCUUCUUCAUUCGGAUGCUUUCCCUCCUGAAACGCUGGUGGACACCCUCGGAGCCGGAGACACAUUCAACGCAGGCGUCCUCUACACUCUGUCCAAUGGAGGAAGUCUACAGGAUGCUCUGACUUUUGGCUGCAGGAUUGCUGGCAAGAAAUGUGGUUUCCAUGGUUAUGAUGGCAUCAGAGAAAAGUGAUGAGAGGGCAGAGCCUUUGGCUUCAGUCGCCUUCCUCUGGAGAAAAUCCAGAAUUUAAAAUUGAAGUGCUCUGAGAAAGGAGUGAUUCAAAAGGCUGACGGCAUGUAAAAAGCAUUGUACUGAAAUGAUUUUCAGACCUGAGAAAGAACCCAUCUGAAUAACUGAUCAAUAACUAGCAACAAAGAUCUUUAAAAAGAUGUAUACACUUCCAUUAAUUAAACAUCGUUUUUAUCAAUAAACUGAAGUCCAGCAGGUCUUUCCACGUGGAUCAUUCUUCAUGAUUCACUGAUGACUCAAUGAAUCACUUCCAGCUCUUUGUGAUGUUUCCAUGUCAUCAUGUGAUGAACCUCUCAGACCUACUGCUGUUAAUCAGAACCUGUGUUGCUUUGAAUAUUCAGUAUGUGAAUGCGAUGCUCAGUUUAAUGCGCAUUGUAAUGGUAGAUGCUGUGUCUUAAAGGCAGUGGUUGUGAAGUUUUGGGUUCUGGAAAAUGAACCGAGGUGUAGACAAAAGCUCAGGAAUCGCAUGUUGAAUGGUGAAUAAAUUAAAAUAGAAAAUACAGCUUACAGGAUGACAGGAAUACAGGAACCAGGAAGACGACAACAUUACAAUCUGCAAUGGCUGAUGGGAGGAACAACGGGUGUAGUGAAUCAGGUAGAGAACUGGCAGCAGACAAGGUAGAAAUGAAUCUAAUGAGGAAUAAGAUAAGGGAGAGAUAGGGGGAAAUAUCUAACGAAGGAAAAACACAACCACCAGGACUACUAAAUAAAGAACAGAAACUAUUUGUAAAAAAAGUUUUAAAUCAUGUAUAAUUUUCUUUCUGUUUCACAAUUGUGUACUACUUUGUGUUGAUCUUUCACUUAAGAUUUCAAUAAAAUGUAAUUAUGUCUGUGGUUGUAAUGUGAUCAAAUGUGGAAAAGUUCAAGGGGUGUGACUACUUUAAUAAUAUGUACCGAUCCAUAACUAGUUGAAAUGGUUCUGGUCAGGUCACUCAUAGGCCACGCCCACUGAAUGGGUGGGGCCUAAGUGCUAACAAUAACCAGAUGUGAGUUAAAUGGGAUGUUUUUAGAUGAUGAUUGUCUUGAGAGCAAUCUAAGGUGAUAUUUAGGGAAGCAGCUCUUCAAGCUGUAAACCUUAGUUCAUUCACCUUUCGUUAUUUUGUUCCCUUCAUCCAAUCAGAAGGCAGGAUUUAUUCAUCAUUUGUUUUAUCAGUAAACUCAGAGGAAACUGCUUCCCCUUGCAGCACGAUCUUAGAUGUAUUAUGCUUUAGAGUCUAGUUAAAUAACUUCCCCAAUUUUGUCUUGAAUUUAAAACUUGUCUUUCAACGAAAUCCACAGCACAUUUUAUUUCCAUUUUCAAUAACACAAAGACAGCUUGAUCAUUAAUUAUAUAUAUGGAAACAAACCCAUUAUCUCCAGGUCAGAACUUGAAAGGCUGUUGUCUGGCUUCUGAACUCCACUCCAUGUUAAGUUCUCUACUGAGAAAAUCCAAAAGAUUAGAAGAUCAGUACAUUCACAUCAAAUUCAGAACUAAAGCUGUCUCCAAAUAGAACUUAUCUUAACAAAAUGUUCAAAUCAUAAUAAAUAAAUGACAACUAA